UGCCCCUGUAGGGUAUAUAAGCAGAAGCAGAGGACUCACAGACGCAGCGGCAGCAGCAGACUGACUCCAGCCGACAGCAGCUUCUCCAGCUUCAUCUGAGGUGUGUCCACUCUGCAGUGCAGCAGAUACAAAUCUUUCAUUCUCCUGCGAGGGAUCAUCCACACAGAACAGUUACCAGCAUGUCUGAUCAAAGUGUCACCCCGACUCCCUCUGAUCCCCCCCCUCCACCCUCUGGACGCCCUCCCAAGGUGAUAAACCGUGGCCGCACCACAGUUCCCAUCGCCAGCUCCAACUCUGAGUCAACCGACGUCCCAGAGUUUGAACACUUUGGUGUACCGGGCCCAAGAGGACUCCCACCCCUGACUGAGUAUCUUGACAUCUUAGACGUGGACAUGAUGAAGAAGCCGAAUGAGAGCAACAAGAUGAAUCACCACACCGCGUUGUACCAGUCUGACAAUCUCAUCAUCCGCAGAGGACAGGAGUUUGAGGUCAAGAUCACCUUCAACCGUCCGUUCAAUUCUGCUCAAGACAAGUUUGCUGUGGAGUUUGUCAUUGGCUCCAGCCCACAGUACAGCAAGGGCACCUACAUUCCUGUCUUCCCCACUAAGGAUCGUCAGAGCCCCUGGGCAGGCCGCAUCACAAACACAUCAGACAACACGAUCACCAUGGGCAUCACCCCUGCUGCCGACUGCAUUGUGGGGAAAUACCACAUGUACGUUGCCGUGGCGACGCCCUACGGCAUCCGCAGGACCAGACGGGACAUCAGCCGAGACCUCUACAUCCUCUUCAACCCCUGGGUGGCAGAUGAUGCUGUGUUUCUGGAUGAUGAGAAAGAGAGGGAUGAGUGUGUGAUGAGUGAGAUGGGGAUCAUCUACCACGGCGCCUACGACGACAUCUCUGAGAGAAACUGGAACUAUGGACAGUUCAACUAUGGAGUCCUGGAUGCCUGUCUGUACAUCAUGGACAGGUCUGAGAUGCCUAUCACCAACAGAGGAGACCCCAUCAAAGUGACCAGAAAGGCGUCUGCUAUGCUGAACUCUCGUGAUGACGAUGGCGUGUUGGUGGGGAGCUGGAGUGGCGACUACAGCUACGGAGUGGCGCCCACUUCCUGGACUGGCAGCACAGACAUUCUGCUCAGCUACGCCAGCAGCAAGAUGCCUGUCUGCUACGCUCAGUGCUGGGUCUACGCCGCCGUUUUCAACACCUUUCUGCGCUGUCUGGGCAUCCCAUCCCGGGUCGUCACCAACUUCUUCUCAGCCCAUGACAACGAUGGAAACCUGAAGACUGACAUCAUCCUGGAUGAGAACGGCAGGAUUGACCGCAAGCGUACCAAGGACUCUAUCUGGAACUAUCACUGCUGGAAUGAGUGCUACAUGUCCAGGCCUGACCUCCCAACUGGAUUUGGAGGUUGGCAAGUUGUGGAUGCAACACCACAGGAGACCAGUGAUGGCAUGUACAGAUGUGGUCCUGCAUCAGUCCAGGCCAUCAAACAUGGGCAGAUAUGCUUCCCCUUUGAUGCUGCCUUUGUGUUUGCUGAGGUCAACAGCGAUGUGGUGUUUUAUUCCCGGAAGAAAGAUGGAACAUUGGAACCAGUCAAAGUGAACCGGACUCACAUAGGCCGCCUGGUUUUGACCAAAAAUCCAGGGGACUUGACCCGUCGAGACAUCACCAGUCAGUACAAGUUCUCUGAAGGCAGUACAGAGGAGCGUACGGUCCUGGAAAAAGCAGAGGAGUAUGGCUGCAAACGAGAGAAGUCCAACCCUGCCCUGGCUGAUGUGGACCUGGUCCUGCCCACCCUGGAGAUCAGCGUGGGCGAUGACUUUGAGCUGAGCGUGGAGUUCAUAAACCGGAGCGACCAGGAGCGCACCGUGGACACCUACAUCAGUGGGAACGUGGUGUAUUACACCGGAGUGUCCAGCUCUGAGUUCCUGUUCAGGACUCCCACAGUUGAGAUUGAGCCCAACCAAACUGUGAAGGAGUUGGUGUCUGUCCAGUCAAAGAGCUACAUGAAGCAACUGGUGGAACAGGCCAACCUUCACUUCAUCGUUACUGGGAAGGUCAACGAGACCGGCCAGAUCAUCACCGCCAUGAAAGUCGUCACCCUACGCAAUCCCAAGCUCAGCGUUGAGGUUUCCGGUGGAGGCAAAGUGAAUGAGGAGAUGAUGGCGACCGUGCAGUUUACAAACCCCUUCACCUUCAACCUGGAGGGUGUCUACAUUCGCAUGGAGGGACCUGGGGUCAUGUCACCCAAGUUCAAAUAUUACAGUCUGAUCCCAGGAGGCUCCUCUCUGACCUGGGCCGAGUUUUUCACCCCGCAGAGGAGCGGCUCCACCAGGAUGAUCGCUACUCUGGACUGUCCUGCUCUCAGGCAGGUCUACGGCCAGGCAACCAUCACCAUCGAGCCCUGAGGAUUGCUACAGGGUCACUGAUAACCAACAUUUAACUCAGUUACACUUCAGCCAACAUAUAGGCUUAUAAUAUAGUUAUGCAACUGUAGGUUUACAACAAGUAUAGCUUCAGCACUUAUAAACAAUGGUGAUAGUUUAAAAUACUCUGCAGAGGUGGUAGUCAUAAGAAUAGCAUGUGCAUUAAUAUCUCUCUAAGUAUAAUCAUUUUUAAAAAUUCAAUUUAACAUACGAGAUCACAAUAGUCCAAUUAACCACAAGAAAGCUAUGUGAUUUUUAUGAUUAUGAAAGAAGCAAUCCACAAACAAUGUUAUCUCAGUGUUUUUUAUUGUUUUGUCUUUUUGACCAUUUGAAAAUCUAAAGUUUUUAGCUCAAAAGUAUAAAAAAAUACAGGAGUAUUUCUAUUUUAAAGCUGCAGUAAUCACUUUUUACCACUAGUGGGCAGAAUUGCCCCAAAAAAAGAGUCUGACAUACACAUACAGCCCUGACAUGUAGAGUUGAUAGGGUUAGCAUGCAGACAUUGCCCACUCAAGACUCCAGCAGACAAAGAGCAACAUCAUCAUCCCUCUGGAGUUGUUUUCUGGUCUCCUGAUUUUAUCCAAAUAUACACAUUUGUGUUUAAUCAGUUUGUGUUUCCACCAACUCCUGAGAAAAUUAUCUGUCCUAUAAGAAAAGCUUUUUGCGUGAGUAGAAACAGGGUUAAUUGGGUCAGUGACAGUGAACCAAACAGUAAAUCUGCCAUACAAUUAAAACAACGAGCUAAAAGUGGUUAAAAAUCUCUGUGGAGCUGUAGAGUUGGCUGAUUAUUCUCUCUGAAUAUGAGAUGUUUCAUUUAAUGAACAAAAUAGUGAUCUAUGCAGCUUUAACUUUACCAUUUGAACUAUUUUCUAAAUUAACCCACACUAUACAACAUUGAAAUUUAAACAUCAAUAUUUUUAUCAGAGUAAAGUGCUCUUUCACCUCUUUACCUUCACCUCUAUCUUACACAAAUCUUUACAUAAAUCAUCUUUUUCUUCUUCCUUUAAAGUACAAAUAUCAACCAAAUAAAAGAUUGACAACUGCAUAA